CUAAUCGCCCGUUUCUGCGGACAGAUUUUAAACCUACCAGGAAGCGGAAAUGCCUUUUGAGAAGAAGGUCAAGGUCAACUUUGUAAUAUCGUGAGAAUUAGGCAAUAUGUUUUAUUUUUGACAAAAUGAGAGGGCAAAGCUAAAGUUCAAGAAUGAUGAUCAAAAUAUCCUUGCGGCUUGUGAGGGCCACACAAGAGGGUAUGGAUCUUGCCCAGCGGGCAGUACGUACUUACACUAGAUAUGCAUACUACUCAUUCCGUGACAGAAAGGGGAGACAAACAAAAGGCUCCAAGACAUCACCAGUAGAUGGACCAAGGCACAGUCUAAUGUAUAGUGAAGUUGAACAUUUCUUACUAUCUCAGUGGAGUGAUAACCCUGUACCUUACGCUAUAUAUCGUACCCUGGUGGCAGCAUUCUUCUUCCUGAUGGUGUUUUACACAGCUAUAUAUGGAGUUCUGGGUGCCAAAAUGGUGAUAAUGCUCACAUACUGGUCAUUUUACAUCCUAGUAGCUUGUCAGAUACUGCGGGCAGUGAACUGCUGGUAUUACAUCUCCCUCAGGAAACAAGGAAAAGAUGUACGUGCUCAUCUACAGAACAAACGGCGCAUGAAGUUACAAUGGCUGUUACACAAUCUAGGAAGUGAUGCUGCUCCUUUAGUUUCUGUACUAUUCUGGACCAUAGCUUAUGAUGGAAGUGGAGUUACGUUAGUCAAUUGCACCACACACGGUAUCAAUGCAGUAUUUGUUCUGGUUGACACCCUGAUAUCACGUACUCCAGUGAGAAUGCUGCACCUAUAUCAGAGCUCCUGUAUGGGCCUUAUUUACAUGUUGUUUAGUUACAUGUACCACUUGGCAGGAGGAACCAAUCACAAAGGGGAACCAUACAUCUACAAACCUCUAGAUUACACAAAUAACUUUAGGGUGGCAAUUUCAACAGCUCUAGUAUCAAUAUUUCUUGUAGCACCUCUAAUCCAUUGUUGGAUUUUCUUCCUAUAUAGAUUCAGAUUAUUUAUACAUAGGUAUCUUAAGGCAGUGGAGAAGAGAGUUGACAACUUGUGUGAGAAAGCACUGUAGACAAAUUGAGUACAUGUAUUAGUGUAAUCCAGAUAACGGUUUUCUAACACUUACGUUUCUGGUAAUUAUGUCUCCCACACCACUCUGUGGUGGGAGACAUAUUGAUUUACUCCUUUCUGUGUGUGUGUCUGUCCGUCCGUCUGUCACAAAUCUUGUCCACACUCUAAGUCGAACAUUUCUCAUCCAUCUUCACCAAACUUUAACAAAAUGUGUUUGCCAGUAAGUCCUCAGCCAAGUUCGAUCACUAGUCAAAUUGGCCCAGGCACUUUGGAAUAAUGGCCCUUGAAUUACCAAAAAUCACUCCGGUCUUGGGGACAUGAAGGACCGAUAUGCUACUAAUGUGAAUAGUAGUAUAUAGGUACUUUAUGCCCAAAGAUUUAAUCAUGUCAGAUUAUUAGGUAGUCAAGGUCUUGGUACAUGGUUGACUCAUAAGACCACCCAUGGUUCUUUGUACAACUGGUCUUAUUAGCGGUCUGGUCUGAUUAGUGGACAAGGCUAUACGGGGAAGGUCUGGCAGAUAAUAACACAUUGGAAUACAAUUAAGACGCAAUAAUGGCAAACACAGUGUUCAAUUUAUAUGUAGCUUUAUUUUCUUACAGAUCAAACUGUGUAUUAAUUAAGGACGCACUUAACUGAUAAUGAUUUGAAUUUUGUUCAAUUAAAGACAAUUACAACAAUGUCAAACCUUUUCAGACUUCAUUCUCCGCUGAAAUCCCAAACGUAUUUACAUUGAUAAUAACAAACAAACACCGUUUAGAUCUAAUUAAAUCCGUUUUAAUCCAGUCAAUUCGAUCAGCGGGCAUCCGUCUAAUUACAAACAAAUUAAUUAUUUCAACAAUUUCUUAUGUUAAAAUAGCAAUGUAAAACACCAAACAUCUUUAAAUAACAAUUUCAGACAAUCAAACAGUUUGAUACAUUGUUUUGAUAACUAUAAAGACUUGUUAGCAAUUAACGGAUAAAUACACAAUGUACACGCUUAACGUGUUAACACGGUGUCGUAUGUGUUAAUUCUCACCGCGAUUCGCGAUAACAUACAGAAACAUUUGAGUGGUCGUAAUUGCGGUGAUUAAUUAAGUGUGAAAAAAUCAAACAGUUCUGAAAUUAGUGGUCGCAUUAGUGGAUUAGCGGUCUGGUCGCAUUUUCGGACAAGCGACCAUUGGUUUUAAGAAGGAAAUAUUUCGUUCUUUGCAAAAUCGGUCGUAUUAGCUGUGCGGUCGUAAUUUCGGCGUGGUCGUAAGUAGGAAUUUUACUGUACUACUAUUCAGAUGCUUAGGCAGUUGUGGGAGACAUGCGCUUUUCUCAAAAGUAGCCCUAGUUUAAUUGAUGCAUGUCAUAUUGCUGCAGCUUUUUUCUUAAACCUGCAUUAGCAGCCAUCUAUAUUUAGCGGGUACUUGCCUUAAACAGCCAGUUGGUUUACUUCAUCAAUUGAUAUUUUGUUUUUAUUUCUACAUGUCUGAAGAAGCCACAUAAUGUCACUUUCAUGGCUAGCUGCUUGAUACAAAUUUUGACUGUAUAACAGUUCAUAUCUAGUCUGGUUCCAGGGUUAUAAAACUGAGUUUGGAGCCCAGUCUAAGAAUGAAAUUUAUGCAUUGGUCAGUUUCAGCAGCUACAUGAUUGGAGCUAUAUGCUGGCUUAUUUUAGACUUAACUCCAAAGACAGAUUUAUAACCUUGAACCCUUUAUUUUUCAGGGUGUCUUAGCUUCAGCACACGUUUCUUUCUCACUAAUGAGCCAUGUAUAAACAUGUUUAAUGAAAGGGUUGAUCAAAAAUAGAAUUUAGGAAACAAUGUGUUUUUAACUUUAGGUACCUGACAUUAAUGUUCUGUUUUGUUUAUCUUUGUAACAGAAUCUUAACAUGUACAUGAAAUGUUAAGUAAUAUAUGUACAUGAAAAAGUGAUUGAAUCGCUUGUACCCAUGUUCUGUAAAAUGAGGAAACAUUUAAGCACAUACUUGUAUUUUUUAACUGUAAACUGGAUUAUUUAAUAGUCACUUAUAGUAUAGAUGUAUGGCUAAAAGACAGAGGAAUAUUUUUUUGUAAUUGUAUUUAUUCCAAGUGUACAAAUUUGAAAGCUUGCUAUGUGUUUUAUAUAACUGAAAUAGUACAUUUUUGGACUGUAAUGCUUAUGUAUUUAAAUUGCAUUCCAUGCUGUAGCCCAAGUUGUUAGUCUUAUUGUGAAUGGAAUGUAAUUGUAAAUUAUAUACAUGUAUCAGCCUUUAUUAUCACAGAAAAUGCAAAAUUUUACAUAUUGUUCUUCACUACCUUACAAAAUUCACAAAGGAUGCACACCAACAAUUUAUCCAAGUUUUAUAUAUUUCUGAUCAGUAAGAAGAAUAAUCUUCAACUUCAAGUUGGUCUGAGUAUUAGUCAAGAACCAGACUGAUACAAAAACACUUUAGACAAUCAGUGGAACAGUAAAAUCUGUUGAAUAAUCAUUUAUUUGUAAUGUAUUUAUUUUAGCUAUUGUCACUAACUGACAGCAUUCACAAAAGAAAUUUGUUACAGUUUGCUGUUAUUGUGGUUCUUAUUGUAUUAAUAGUCACAAGAUGUGCAUUACUUUGUGAACUUAUUCUUAUCUAAAACAACAGUGAAUUUUCAGUCUUGUUAAAUAUUCUUAUUUUACCGUUAGCCUUUAGAAGCAAAAUUUAAUAGACUAUUAAAUUUUACUAUUAUAGUAUGUAAAGGAUAGGAUACGUUGUAUAGAAUGUAUAGGAUAUAAGGUCAGUUGUGUUAGAUUACUAGUCAUCCUUUCCUUCAUGAGUCAGUGUGCUUUCCCAGUUAACUGACAGUAAAUUGAGCACAUAUCUGUGAAUCGAAAUGUUAUGAGCACAGAUGAGACAUAAUAUUAUGUUCUCCAUGACAGAAGAUAAGUUGUCCUCGAUCUCGAAGUCAUACGAGGAACUUGCCAGUAACUUGUGGAGAACAAAUGAGUACUGGUGCGGAUCCAGGAACGUUGUAACAGUAUUAGGUUAUCUGGCCGCUGUUACAAACUAAAAUACUGUUGAGAAACGGCAUUACAACUCCCAUGAACAGCAUACUGCAAGGAAAGAGACAUACAUGUAGUUUGAAAUGUUAUUAAUUUAAGUGGGAACAUUCCAAAGACAAAUCGUGUGUGCCUACCACCAAGUGUCUUAGUUUAUUUGAUUUAGCUCACGUUUGAUGACUUAUUGAUAGUGAUAUCUAUGUGAUAUGAUGAAAAUUUGUACCAUCUUAUAUAUUUUCUACACCAUCGUAUCACACUUGUGUGAAUGGCAUCCUCACAUCAGAGUAUUUAGCAUUGAACUCCUUUUGCCAAAUCUUUAUGUUAUGAAUGUAUUUGUCAGCCACCUUUCCCCAAAAAUGAAGAAAAAUGAGGAGAAAGAUUUGCUCUUUUUCAAUCUGAAAAUAUUGGUGAUUUUGAAAAAUUACUAAAAAGCACUCGAACAUGUGCAGAUAAGUAGGGAUUGGUUAACAAUGGUCAUUCUGCUUUGAAGAAAAAAGGACCAGUUUUACAUUUCAGACAUCUCUGUGUAUGAAAAGAAUUGAAGUUAUUACAAAUAUCUGUACAUGAGUACUACUAUUUAUAGUAAUUGUUGCCUAUGUAGAAAA